AUGAUUUCUCAGCGCUCAGGUAUUAGCGCUUCCUUCACGGCUACAUCAUCCCAGACUUCAAUAGCCCCUGGUUCGUCGGUUAUCAGCGACAACGGAGAUACUGACGUCGGAGAGACAUCUAUUUCGCCGUUGUUAACCUCUCAAUUUAAGAAGAAGAAGCGUACGUCGAAGAUAUGGGAUCAUACGCCCUUCGGAAGGAAUCAGAUCGUCCGUAAUACGGAAGGUCAGAUUAUAUGGCGUUGCAAAUACUGUAAAGGGAAGCCUGCCGAAUAUCUCGAAAAUGGAGGCACGACACACAUCUACAAGCACCUCAAAUCUCACACUACUCUCGAUAUAUUAACGCCUAAUGAAGAAAGGGCUGCUAAAACAAGGAAUCACCUUGAGGAAGCCUUCUCACGGAUGUCUCAGAACGCGAAUCCCCUCAAACGCCGUCGACACGAUGACGAAACGACAGAUCUUGACGCUGAUAAGUUUGAGCAGCUGUAUGUGGAGUGGAUUGCAGACUGCGGGAUUGCACUUCGUAUGGCAACAAGAGAAACCUUUCGAGCGUAA